AUGGAAAGCCCUUCUGCCCCGCUGGCUGUGCCAGCCGUGUCCUCCUUGCGGGUCCAACAAGCUACCCCCAUGGAAAGGACCUUGAGCCAGGAUAUCCGAAAUGAGCGUGAGGAGCUCCGUGAGGCAGCAGAACAGACCCUCAAUGCCAUAGUCGACCUCAACUUGGACGGAACCAUCAAAUGGGUCAGUCCGUCGUGGACAGACGUCGUCGGUACGCCGUUCGAUGCCAUAAAUGGCAAGCCAAUGUCGGAUCUGAUCGUCAGCGAGAACAAAAAUGUAUUUACCGACAUGGUCGUUUCGAUGAAGAAGGACGAUUCCAAGAGCUAUAGGAUUCGAUUUGCCAUCCAACUCGGCCCGUUGUCCAAGCUGCGAUACGUCGAGGAACCCGCAGCCGAAGCCGAGGAAAAUGAACAACCAGCUGGUGAACCGGAGCCACAGACGGCUGACCUUGAAGCCCAGGGGAUCACGGUGUACGAUAGUGCAUCAGGGGGAGAGAGCCAUACCAUGUGGAUGCUUCGCCCAUGGACGGCUCCACAGGAAAUCCAGAUCGACCUGCCAGAUGUCAUUGUCGAUUCCCUUGGCUCUGGUGCAGAAUUGCUCGCCAGUUAUCUCACAAGGCUCGCUGAAUCCGGCGGUGACGACCUGGAAACGCGCGAGCCACCGGCCCCUGUUCUCUGUCGCAUCUGUGAAAGGCAGAUUUCCCCAUGGUGGUUUGAAAAACACACAGACCUGUGCCUUCAAGAACAUCGUGCCGAAAUGGACGUCCAGAUGGCACAGGAAAACCUGACAGAACAUCGUCAUGCCAUUGUCAGAGUUCUUGAUGCAUUGGAGGCACGGAAGAGCCGUUCAAUGACUGGGGAGCAGCAAAUAGGACCAAUGGCAGAAUACAAAGGCAUGCCCAUUGGCCCAGCCCCUUCUGCUCAGUCCUCGCCUGGAACCUCUUUAGCACGCUCUCGUGAGCGUACUGGGGGGUUUGGGCAUGCCAGAGCUCGCUCGUUUGCUAUACGCCGGCCCCAAGCCCGCAUCGUUGAGUUACUGAUGGAUCUGUGUGAUACCGCCAUUGAAAUCAGUACCCCUGCGAUGAAAGAGAUGUCCCAACCAGAUGAUGGGGAGUUUCGUACUCAAUCCCCACAGUCGGAAUCCCGAAUCUCACAAGUCCUUCAAUGGCAAUCGCCUAGCACGAAUACGCUCGAGCAGGAACAAGGGUUAGCAUUCUUGUGCGCAGACACGGAAAAGGUAGCCAAGUCAAAGGUCGAUGCAGUCUUCCGCCAUCGCAGAAUCAUUGAGUAUGCCGAACGCAUACGUAUCGAGAUGGCAGUACUGGUACAAGACUGUAUCGAUGAAGCCAUGAGAAAGGCCGCACAGAUCGCUGCUGGUCGGUUGAGCGAUUCCACAGAGGACGACGCCGAGGACGUGGUCGAGGAGGCUCCGCAAGAAGCUCCUCCGCAGGAAGACGACGGCGCUGCUGAGGUAAACGAAGAGCCUCGUGGACGGGCUGCCGAUGAGCUACCGAAGCAGUCCAUCUCCAGUCCUUCUGCUUUGGCUGCGGCCUUGCGGCAAAUGGAUCUAUCGUCGGGGGGUUCGAACCGCUCCCGUCCCACUUCAUUCAUUGCAUCAACAAGGUCCAGCAGUCCCAAGGAGUGUCCCACCCCACGAUCUACUGUUGACAGUGGCUCGAUUCCCGCUGGCAACGCCCGACAUGCGAGAAGGGGAUCGUCUCUCUUAUAUGAAGCUGAAAUUGCCGAAGGUGACGGAAGCUUCCGGUCAUCAUCUGUAGCCUCUCGCAAUGCAGCCAGAACGGAGUCACCGAUAUCUGAGUUCGGCGACUUGAGGCGUGCUGCCAGCACCCGGCAGCACCAUCGAAGAAGCCUCGUCAUACCUGGAACGUCUUCGCCUCGUCGUCAGGAAUCCCCAUCUCGUUCUACGCAGCCAUCCUCGCCGCUGCGGAUCAAACCCCGGGUCACACCCUAUCAGGAAGGGCUUGCCUCUCCUGAGGCGUCUCCAAUGUUCCCAACCAGUGAAUUUAGCUCGCCUGUAUCCCAUCCAGUACGCCAUCACAGACGCCAAUCGUCAGCAGCUAUAUCAGAUUUUAUUAUGAGAGCACCUCCGUCGCCGCGGCUGGGUGCAACUCAAGCUCCUCCACAGGCUCGCGCCGCACAGCCGUCUAUUAAAGAUUUUGAAAUCAUCAAGCCAAUUAGCAAAGGUGCAUUCGGAAGUGUAUAUCUCUCCAAAAAGAAAUCUACUGGAGAAUAUUUUGCUAUCAAGGUGUUGAAGAAGGCAGACAUGGUAGCCAAGAACCAAGUAGGCAAUGUCAAGGCAGAGCGAGCCAUUAUGAUGUGGCAGGGUCAGAGUGACUUUGUUGCCAAGCUAUACUGGACCUUUUCCAGCAAGGACUACCUCUACCUGGUCAUGGAGUACCUCAAUGGUGGAGACUGCGCCUCAUUGAUCAAAGUACUUGGUGGCCUUCCCGAGGAAUGGGUGACAAAGUACCUUGGUGAGGUUGUGUUGGGCGUCGAACAUCUUCACGAGAGAGACAUCAUUCAUCGUGAUCUGAAGCCAGAUAAUCUCCUCAUUGAUCAAAAAGGUCACCUAAAGUUGACGGACUUUGGUCUAUCACGAAUGGGACUUGUCGGCAGACAAAAACGCGCAUUAAACAGUGAGGCGGCGGACACGACGCCAGACUUGUUAAAGCAAGGUCCUUUUGCCAGGUCCACAUCUAUGGCUUCUUCCCGAUCAACCUCGCUUGACUUGCACGGUCAUCCCCAUUCCCCUACUGGGACACCAAUGAUGACCCCAGAUGUGGGAAGUGUUAGCCAACCGUCGUAUUUCAGCCUCGCAUCAUCCAUACCGCCCGACAAUCGACGGAUAUCUAGCGGACAUAGAAGCGAUAGCGGCGGCAGCGAGUCUCUGGCUCAUCUGCUGACGUCCUUCUCCCUGGCUGAUUCUGAUCCUGGAUCUCAACCACUGAGUGCCAAAGUUCCUCUUAUGGAGGACGACGUAGUCAUCCAGGGUUCUCCAGAUAUGAUAGCCAGCCAACCUAACAUCAGGGCCAGUGUGGACGGUCAUUCCCGCAACUCCCUUCCACCCUCCAACAUGAUGCCGCCACCAAUGGCUCUGUUCGAUCCCGAGGACACGAAUCGGCGCUUUGUUGGCACUCCAGACUAUUUGGCACCAGAAACCAUCAAUGGAGAUAAACAGGACGAAACGAGCGAUUGGUGGUCUGUUGGAUGUAUCAUGUUCGAGUUUCUAUAUGGCAUUCCGCCUUUUCACGCAAGCGAAGCCGAGCAGGUAUUUGACAACAUCCUAGCACGAAGGAUCCAAUGGCCAGAUGAGGCUGAUUGUGAGCCCAUCUCGGAGGAGGCUAAAGAUCUCAUCAACAAACUGUUAUGCAUGGACCCCAAGGAACGGCUAGGAUCCAAUCGUGAUGAAAAGUUCUCUUCUGGGGGAGAAGAAAUUCGGAGCCACCCCUGGUUCGCAAGUAUCAACUGGGAGACUUUGCUCGAGGACGAGGCACAAUUUGUGCCUCAACCAGAGAAUCCUGAGGAUACAGAAUACUUUGACGCCAGAGGCGCCGUCUUGCAAUCUUUCGCGGAGGAGAUUGAAGAUCAAAUGUCGCCGCAGUCUUCUGCUGGAGGGUUUGAGUACUCCGAUCGACCGCAUGAUGCUCUUUCACGAGUUCGCUCGCAAGUCAAUUCAAUUAAUCGGAAACUGAUGCCCCUACACAUUCCACCCCACGUUCGAGACCUGAAGUCGAGGAGACUGAGCGAACCGGUGGCUGCGGACGACUUUGGCUCGUUCACGUUCAAGAAUUUACCAGUCCUCGAGAAAGCAAACAAAGAUGUCAUCCAAAAAUUGAGGGCGGACGCAAUGGCGUCACAGAGCAAGCAGUCUGCCAUUAGUCCCGGGGGAGCAGCAAAUGUGACCUCGCCGGCUCCAUCACUAGAUGGAAGCCCAGUCUUGUCUACACACCUCCAUCGCACCAUUUCGAAUGCCAAAGCAGGGAAUCGGCCGCAAUCGCCAUCAGGGUACAGCCAUGCCAACUCGUCGCCAAGUCGAGUAUCACAGCCUUCAUCCCCUCUGCUAGUCUCGUUUGUGGCUGGACAAGGCGCAGAAGGUCGACGAAAGGCGUCGAGCAACUCCUCAAGCCUGUCACACCAGUCAGGACCAGCGUCGCUACAGCCUCACUCAUCGCUUGAUGUGCCUAAGGUGCCACCAAGUUUGCAAAAGGCGGCAACCACAGUCGCUGCAUCUCCCAUCAAGGGCCGUGGAUCGGCUCCGGCGCCCUUGGCACUGUCUCCGCAAAAACUCAUGUCCACGCCGCGACAAGGCAGCGGAUCAACUACGAGGUCCAGGUCUUUAACGGUGGGGUCGCAGGAAGCGAGCCCAAUAUCAUCCGAUGUUCUUCAACAUCAUCGUAAUCGGCGGAGUCAGGUGUUCGACAUGUCACCGUCAUCAUCGGACAAUGAAGGCGAUAAGCAUAAUGCUUUGCUGCGUGUACAACGUCGCAGGCAAAGCUCACGCCGGCUCUCACAAAUUGCAUUUGACAGUGGCCCUACCUUUAGACCUCUGGACGUUUUGAUUUGCGAAGAUCACCCCGUAUCAAGGAUGGUCAUGGAGAAAUUAUUGGAAAAGCUACGCUGUCGUACAAUUUCCGUGGCAAAUGGUUCUGAGGCCGUUCGCUACUCAAUGAGCGAAAUCCAGUUCGAUGUCAUCUUCUUGGAAUACAAGCUGCCCCAGAUCAGCGGAGCCGAUGUGGCACGAAUGAUUCGGGAAACCAAGAAUGCCAACUCUCACACUCCCAUUGUGGCAAUCACUGCAUAUCUUAAGGAGCUACAGGCGCCGCACUACUUUGAUUCCUUGAUUGAGAAGCCUAUCAGCUCCUCCAAGCUGACCGAGGUUCUACGCAGCCUGUGUCAAUGGCGUCCGGCAUCACCAAACCGGACAAUUUCAGGGCCGCUACCCAACCCUAUGCCCAUUGGUGUCAGGAAAACGAACCAACGAGCUGACGAUAGCCCGACGUCGAGCCUGUCUGCUUUUCCUGGACGACAUUCGUCUGCAAUGAUGUCCAGCCGCGAAGACUCCAUUACUUCUAGCAUGUUUGGGGAUUCAGAGUCGGUCACGACAGAUGACAUUCCCGUUGUCAUCAGCCGCAAGGCAACGGGCGAAUGGGAAGAAGGCGGCCUCGGCAUCACGGAAUCGGACAUUCUCUCCGCUGCAGAAGGCUCCCCAAAGGGAGUUCCGACUCUUUUGACUCAGCAAUCUGCGCCGGGGCAAAUGGAGCAUCUCCGCCAGGGAGACAGGACGCGGGCCAGAAGGGAAAGCGGCGACAGAAAGGGUAUCGAAGGAACCGACUCCGCAGAUGACGAGGAUGAAGAAACGGGGACGUCCAAGGGGAAGCACAGACGGCGGGGCAGCAAGCCACUGCAAGGCAAAUCGACGCUUCCCAGUUCGAAACUGGGCAUUGAAAUGAUGCGUGCCGACAGCCAUGAUAGCGUCACAGUCGGGUCCGAGAGCACCCCCGAGGCGGUAACACAAGUCGCCACAACACCAUCACAGGAAAUGGGCACUCCCGUACUUGCAGCAACUGAGGUGCCAGAGACUGUCACUGCACCGGAGUGCCAGAAAAAUACUACCCCAGCAAGCAAGCAGGAUAUGAAGCACGUAAGCAAUAUUACGGUUCCAGACUGUGCAGAUACCACGCCACGACCACCAGUAUCUACGCGCUCUGCUAGCGAGCUGACCUUGCUGGACACUUCUGAAGAGGCUACACCACGACCUGGUGGAAAAUGA